GGGCAGGCGGGUUCUUUCUGCCGGAAGUCCGCUCCAGCUGUGGGCCCCGUAACUGCAGCUAGAGCCGUAGCCCCCCAGUUGCCGCGGGACCAGGGCCGCUGGGGUCCGGACAGGGGUCGCCAUGAUCCGAUUCAUCCUCAUCCAGAACCGCGCAGGCAAGACGCGCCUGGCCAAGUGGUACAUGCAGUUUGAUGACGAUGAGAAGCAGAAGCUGAUUGAGGAGGUGCACGCCGUGGUCACCGUCCGAGACGCCAAACACACCAACUUUGUGGAGUUCCGGAACUUUAAGAUCAUCUACCGACGCUACGCUGGCCUGUACUUCUGCAUCUGUGUGGACGUCAAUGACAACAACCUGGCCUAUCUGGAGGCCAUCCACAACUUCGUGGAGGUCUUGAACGAGUACUUCCACAAUGUCUGUGAACUGGACCUGGUGUUCAACUUCUACAAGGUCUACACGGUCGUGGACGAGAUGUUCCUGGCCGGCGAAAUCCGCGAGACCAGCCAGACGAAGGUGCUGAAGCAGCUGCUGAUGCUGCAGUCCCUGGAGUGAGGCCACCUGCCACCACCUCGGACUCACCCGCUCGCCCCCCCAGGCCUGCGGCCACCCGCAGCCCCCUCCCUCAGCCGCCCUGGAGGAAGGGACCCAGCUGGGUCUGGGCCACAAGGGAGGAGACUGCACCCCGCUGCCUCUGGGCCCGGCUGUGGGCGGAGGCCACCUUCAGUGUCCCGAGUAACCUUGCUGUUGUCGUGUGACGCCAUGAGUGUGCGUGUGGAGCCCCCAAUAAACCCGUGGUCCUGCCUGGCCUCGCA